AUGUGGCCUAAUCCUAAGCUCCGACGCUCGACAAGAGUUGAAGCCGGCCGCCAUGCUCCUGCACCACGCCCGAUUCAUGACCCCUCUAUCAUCACAAUACUCGUCGGCUCUGAAGAAUUACCUUUCCGCAUCCAUGAAAAAAUUGCGGCCGUCGAUGCCAUGAUUCUGAGACACGAGAAGAGUGAUUUAAUGACUUUUGACGACAUUGACUUCGCCUUCGCCAAUACCAGUCCCGACUCGAAGUUGAGGGAACUGCUGGUGCACAUCACCACAUACGACCUCGACAUGGGCAGCACCGCAAGGGAGGAUUUGAUUGGCAUGCCGAAUGAGUUCCUGGUAGGCGUCAGCAUGACAGUGUUCAGAAAAUUGCCAAACAGACAGUGUCGGUCUUGCUACCAGAAGGCUCUGUCUUGGGUCCAACAGGCAGACGCGAUACCAGCUCAUUCCCAUGAGCCUCAGGACGGUCCUGGCAGACUCUGA